UAGAUCCGAGUCUGUAAAAACAGAAGCUGCAGCAAGAGGAUUCAGUGCCAAUGCAUCAACAAAAAAGACAACCAGAGCUAAUGGAAGGAAAUCUUCCUGUUUUUGUGUUUCCCACAGAGCUAAUAUUUUAUGCAGAUGAUCAGUCAACACAUAAACAAGUGUUGACACUGUACAAUCCCUAUGAGUUCGCCUUGAAGUUCAAAGUUUUGUGUACUGCUCCAAAUAAGUAUGUUGUCGUUGAUGCUGCAGGUGCAGUAAAGCCUCAGUGUUGUGUGGAUAUUGUGAUUCGUCAUAGAGAUGUUCGAUCCUGUCACUAUGGUGUAAUCGAUAGAUUCCGUCUCCAAGUUUCUGAGCAAAGCCAGAGGAAGGCUUUAGGAAGGAAAGAGGUUGUUGCUACUCUUCUCCCAUCUGCAAAAGAACAACAAAAGGAAGAAGAGGAAAAAAGAAUAAAGGAACAUUUAACUGAAAGUUUAUUUUUUGAACAAUCGUUUCAACCAGGUCUUAUCACAAUGGCUAUACUUAGAACGUGAGCAAGGAUUUAAACCAACUUCUGAGUAAAUUUAUCUUGAAAAUAUGAAUGUGGACUGCCUUUUAUCUCUAUUUCACUCCAUUAACAUGCUACAAACUAUUGAAUGAUUUCAAAUAACUGCAAAUGUAUAAUAUAUAUUUUAAAUUUCUCUAUAAUUUUAUUUGAAGGAUGCCAGCACAUUAUGUUACAGACAGACAGCAAGGCUGCUUCUGAGUGACA